CUCUCUCUCACUCCUCGGAUUUGAUGUUCCAGGAUGCUCCCCUCGCCAUACUGCCUUUCUUCCAAGAUUUUGUUCUGGGCCUGAGACAUGUCAUCUGGCCCUGAAACCGCUCUGAAAUCAGCUCGCCCCGGUUUGACUGCAGCAUCUUCGCGAUGGCUGGAUCCAGGUCGGAAUGCCUUGCAACCCACGAAAAUCUGGAUUGCACGCAGGUCUCGAUCAUAUCCCGUCGAUACCGCCAAGCGCCCUCAUGUGUGCGUGAUCAACUGCAGCAGUGCGUUCCGAUUCAACCUUGUGCGCGAGGCUGCGUGUUUCAACCACUGCUAUGUACUCCCGACGGACGUGCCAGCAGGCGGACGGUGCUGGAUGGAGCAGCCACGCUGUCGUCAUUUUUCUGAUUCCCGUCGCCUCGGUUCGACCAGUGGUGGGAUCGCCAUCCGCUGAACAAGUCACUUGACCAUUGUUCCUCCUCUGGUUUCACAGCAUUCAUACAGAGCGCUCUCAUCACUGCAGCUUUUGUCCCGGCUCCUUUUCCGAAUGCUGCAGAUGGCUCUCUCUCGGUAUGACCUCCUUUACUUCAGUAUGCUCUCACGGGAUCCGGCUUUGAUGUCUCCCUUCUGCCAUCUUACAUACUUUCAGAACGCGUAAUGGGCCGAAAUUCCCCCUAUAUCUACCGGUUGUGCUGUAACGACGAU